UCAUGCCCCACGGUCUGUCCGACCCGUGCCUGCGCUGGAGUCCGACCCCUUCACGAGGAGACGUGGAUUACACCGAAGUAAAAACAUUAAAAAAAAAAACAAAACAUCCCAUCUCGUGUCGGGGAUCCCGGACGGACUCGAAGGCAGCAGCAGGUUGUGAUUAACGUCCUGUUUUGUGAGUUUUUACCGUCCACGAGGAGAAAAAGACACCGGGAUGGAUCCGCUGGUAGCCGCGAUCGACCAGGGCACGAGCUCGACGAGGUUUCUGGUCUUCAAUGCAAAAACAGCUGAACUGAUCAGUCAACAUCAAGUUGAGAUCAACCAGAGCUUCCCAAAGGAAGGCUGGGUGGAGGAGGACCCUAAGGAAAUAAUGCAGUCUGUGUACGAGUGCAUGGAAAGGACCUGUGAGAAACUGUGUCAGCGAAACAUCGACAUCUCCAACAUAAAGGCGGUGGGAGUGACCAAUCAGAGAGAGACGACGCUGGUUUGGGACAAAGAGACAGGAGAACCACUUUACAAUGCCAUCGUUUGGUUGGAUCUGCGGACACAGUCCACAGUGGAGAGACUGAUCAACAAGACUCCAGGAAAGAACAAGAACCACCUUAAGCACAAGACCGGCCUUCCCAUCAGUACGUACUUCAGUGCUGUGAAGCUGCGAUGGCUGUUGGACAACGUGGAUGAGGUGAAACAGGCGGUGAUGAGCGAACGAGCGCUGUUUGGCACAGUGGACUCGUGGAUCAUCUGGUGUCUGACGGGGGGCAGGAACGGAGGGGUCCACUGUACAGACGUCUCAAACGCCAGUCGUACCAUGCUUUUCAACAUUCACACCAUGGACUGGGACCCUGAACUCUGCAGGUACUUCGAUGUCCCGAUGGAAAUCCUCCCCAAAGUCAACAGCUCCUCUGAAAUCUACGGCUUCAUGAAAUCCAGCUCUCUUGCAGGAGUUCCGAUCUCAGGGUGUCUUGGUGACCAGUCGGCUGCCCUUGUCGGACAGAUGUGCCUCAAGGAGGGUCAGGCCAAAAACACCUAUGGAACAGGCUGCUUCCUUCUCAGAAAUACAGGAACCAAGCCUGUCAUGUCUGAUCAUGGCCUGCUCACCACAGUCGCCUACAAAAUGGGCAAAGAAGAGCCUGCCUGCUACGCACUUGAGGGUUCAGUUGCCAUUGCAGGGGCUGUGGUACGGUGGCUGAAAGACAACAUGGGGAUUGUAAAGUCCUCCUCAGAGAUUGAGUCUCUAGCAGCUGCAGCCGGUUCGUCGUAUGGUUGUUACUUUGUGCCGGCCUUCUCUGGGCUCUAUGCCCCCUACUGGGAGCCGAGUGCAAGAGGCAUCAUCUGCGGCCUCACUCAGUUCACAAACAGGAAUCAUUUGGCUUUCGCAGCGCUGGAGGCCGUCUGUUUUCAGACCAGGGAGAUCCUUGAUGCCAUGAACCAGGACAGCGGCAUCCCUCUGACUCAGCUGCAGGUGGAUGGCGGCAUGACGUCCAACAGAUUACUGAUGCAGCUGCAGGCCGACAUCCUCUGCAUCCCCGUAGUACGACCCACCAUGUCAGAGACCACAGCUCUGGGUGCAGCCAUGGCAGCAGGAGCUGCAGAGGGCGUUGACGUGUGGAACCUAAGCGCUGGUCACCUCCCACAUGUCACAAGAGAAAAAUAUGAACCUCAGAUUAACUCUGACGAGAGUGAGUUUCGCUUUGCUCGCUGGAAAAAAGCUGUGCAGAAAGCCAUGAACUGGGAGACCUCAGAGCCUUGCUGCAACACCAACGGUUUAGGAAAGAAGAUGAACGGCGCCCCCUGGGGGGUCCCUCCAACCCCUCCCCCAACCAGAGCAGACCCCUAAGAUCACCAGCAGUAACUGAGCCACAAGACCUCCACAGAAACACGGACGCUUACUCUGCAGCUAAAACAGAAGAGGAAAUAUGCUCAUAGUGUGUAAAGGACGUAACAGCUGCACGGGGCAAUGUGCUGUCGACUCAGAGCAAUACAUAGCCUGCUAGCAGUGGCCUUGCUCUGCUGUAACAUAACUAAAACCUCAAACCCCAGUGCCGGCUGAAUGAGGAGCUUUUAGAAACAACUGUGGAACUAUUUUAGUAGAUUUUUGUGUCUUCCUUUUCUAUGAAAAAAGGGAAAGUGUUUCUGAAGCAUCCUUUAAACGAUGAAUUUGCCUUCGUCAGUACGGUGUAGAGAAAAUCAGAAGUCAAGAGCUGCACUAUUUUACCUCAUCACUGUAAGAAAAUAGAACACUGGAGUAUUUUUGUCUUACUAUUUCUGAUCUUUGUCCACCUUUCCUCUAACUUUCCUACACGGGACUUGUUGGAAACGGUCAGCGUACGUCCUUUUAAAGUUGGGUUUGUUUCUGGAUGAAAUGAAGAGGAACCAGACUGAUGUGUUUGAGUCACAAUAAUCAACCACUGGAUCUUUUUAAUGAGCUUCAAGUCUUUUGGAUUAAGGAGUAAAGAAAAAUGUUUUGACACGUUUCCUAUCUGAAUCUACAAAAGCAGACACUGCAGGCUCUCAACAGCACUUUAUAAUUUAUCCUGUGUACUGAGAGGAUGGAUAAGGGAGUCCUGAGUGCUUGUUUUUUCUCAAGAUAGAAGUAUUUUUAACCAGAUUGUUUUUAAAGGGAUUUAAUGUAUGAUUUUUUGUUUAAGUAUGCCAGGUGUCCACAAAUGCAAUCAGUUAAAGGGAAGUUCUGAUGCUUUUAACCAGGGCCUUAUUUUUACAUAUUUAAGGGUCUAAGUGACAGAAAGAUUGCUCCAGGGCCCGGUUGUUCAAAAGUAAUCCAACGGGACUAACAGCUUAAUCCUAAUAGCAAGCAACACGUGUGAGCUUCAGCAACAAAAUCUGUGAUGCAAGACAGUAUUACUCAAACGAACAACGUCAAACAUCUGCGAACAAAGAUCUGCAAAGUUCUAAGGGUGUCCUGCUGGAAAGUCAUUGAUUUUGUCUGACUUUUCUCAUUAAACAGAACUUGUUUAGUUGUUUAGUGGAGAAAGAGGUGCGUGAAUUAUUUCCAUAUCAGCAUUUGAAAUGUUGUGGUUUCUCUUGUUUCCACAGAUGCAACACUACUUUUUAAACUGCCGUCAAACGCUCGUCAAAACAAAGCACAACAUGUCUGUUCGCUGUUUUCAAAAUAAAAGCACUGCAUUUCAUACUGUUCUUGGGGAGAGAAUGAAAAUAAGAGUUAAAUGUUUGUCAUGUGGAGAGCCAGAGUCUCAUGCUGUUAGGAAGUGCUGUAAUCUUUUUAAUCUGACCACAUCUUGAAAUCUGAUUGCCAAAAAAAAAGAUUACGUGGGUAGUCCAAGCCUGUUUUUUUGGAUUAAACAUCCAGUUUUUGUUAAAAACUCCAAUUGUGGCUUUCCACACAGCUAUGGAGACAUCAACUAGUGGGAAGAAUUUACCAGCUAGUGUGUCUGGAGGCGUAAUUGUGCCUGCAUCCCAACACUCGAGAAGAAACACAUUGCAAACAAAUUCUACCAAUGAGGACAUACAUGAUUGCCAAAGCAAUGUAAAUAUGGCUCUCUCUUUAGCAUUUCCUGACUAUUAUAUCCAAAAAAGAUGCCUGUGGAAAAGCUUUGUAUUCUCUAGACUCUCUGUGUGAUAUGCAGUGCUCAUACAGGCAGUCUAAAAGCCUCAACUUGCAUGUCAACAUGCAUGCUGAAAUUAAUAUCCAGCUGUGACGCUGCUGGGGUGGGGCCACCACACACCCAGUCUGAAACGGGCCUCACUUCCUCAUGGGCGAGGUUUACACAGACGUACAAGAAUCUUUCUCAUGAAUAUAAGAGAUUUAGUAGAGGCUAGCGAUUCCAUGUUUAACUUUAGUAGGCUCACACCAGGAAAAUACAGCUUUGGAUGUUUGUCUCAAAGCUGUGCUGGUGGAAAACCAUGCUCCAGUACAAAAAAACAAGAUAAUCCUGACUCCACCAGAACGCUAAAUUCAGACAGAUUUACAGGGGGUGGGGAAAUUGUAAGAAACUUUUAAAUAUGUAAAUAAAAUAGAACAUUUUUACAAGGUAGUUGACAUUUUAGAAGAUUAAAAAUAUUGUUGACAAGAAUGUAAGUAGAUGAUCUAGAUUUUAACGGGAAGUUUGAGGACCAUCGUCCUUGUAAAGUAUUUUACCUUAUAGCAAAGAUUUCAAGUAAGAGUGCAGAUCUGUUAUUUGUUUCUAUUUGUGCAUAUUUUGCGCCCCCUGUGGACAAAAUAUGUGGCAUGAAGUCCCCUUUAAAGCCCUGGUAAUCCAGACUUGGUAUUUCAUUAAGUCUCUACCUUUAUAAGGUUGAUCCAAUCCUUUUUGGGUAAAUAACUGGGACAGAGGGAGCUGGAUUAUGAAAUGAUGGUUAGGAAAAAAUGAAUGUGGAUCAUUUCAUGUGGAUUUAAUCUUUUGAGCAAUCAGGCCCAGACGAAUGCUUUAAACACUAAUCUGGUGUAACUAAUAGUCUCUGGUUAAUGAUUUAUGAUUGCUGCAGCCUGAUGUUUGAGGUCAAAUGUGCACUAUCAAAGUGUUUCCUCUGAAUGUUAUUUUCACCACUUUCAUCUCAGACUAUUAUUAGUGUUUGACAUUACAGAGAGGAUCCCAGCAGAGAUAGGCCUCAUGGUCAAAAAGUAACUUAAUUUUUUGCCAUAGACAAAAUAAACCAAUGUGUUUCUGGGGAUCCUUAAAGUGCAUAAAUAAUGUGCUUUUAUGUGGAUCACCUUUGAUUCUAAGCAUUUUGUCUCAAAGAAUAUUUUGCAUCUAUUGCAGUCUGACUGCAGCAUUUCCAGAACUUUUUCAAAAUGUUAACCCUUACAUUUUAAACACUGAAACUGACAGUCAACCAUGUAUGCACACGCCUUUUAGCUAUAAGCCAUUGUACAGCCUGUAAAAAUCUUAACUGCCACUUUAAUUCUAAACGACGACACUGCAGUGUUUUGGUACAUCAUGUGUAAUUUCCUGAUUUUCUAUUAUUAAAAGGGAACAUCUGGUUAAUGUAUAAA